UAUACUGAACAAGACUCUUCGUUACGAACUGCGCGCAUAGUUGUGUUGGCGCUGCUGCAGAUAAGCCGUGCAGUAGUGUUGUCUGCAAGUGAGGAAUACGCAGAAUUCCUCAAUACAUUUCCGCGUGUGCUGCUUACCAUUCCAUGCAGACGUGACCCAAUUGUUACAGGUCAAUUCUGUGCGAGCAACAAACCCGUCAGCUUUGAAUGGAUGACUGUCGUCUGCCAUGACACGAUAACGAAAUGGCACAGGAUGAACAAAUUUUCACAGCCGUACCUCCUCUACCCCCACGGUACCGAUUCCGGGACCUCAUCUGGGGGGAGGGGGGAGCGGGAGAAGACGAAAGAGUUCUGGUUGAAUUCUUCACCAAUGAGAAGUCCUUCAAGGAGAGGCUGCAACUGUACUUCAUCAAGAACCAGAGAUCCACCUUAAGAAUUCUUAACUUUGAUCUACUUAUGCUGACAUGCAUCCUGUACGUUGUGCGAGUCUACAUGGACAAGGGCAAGACUGCGAACCAGUGGUCAGAGAUCUGGUUCGUGAUGCGGCACGAAAUCGUCUGGAUAUGUCAGCUGAGUGUAGCUAUCAUCAGCCUCUCAGAGACAAUACUUGUACAAUACCUCAGCUACAAGGGCAAUAUCUUGCAGCAGAUUCUCACGUUGGAGUUUGUGGUGGAGCUCAUCACCACAGUCCCCUUCAUCUUCACAGUGAAUAUUCGGCCCCGUCCGUCCCUCUUCAUCCCUGUAUUCCUCAACUGCUGGCUUGCCAAACAAUCCAUGCAGAACAUGUUUAAUGACCUCCAUCGAGUGAUGCAGAAGUCACAGUCUGCCCUGGGCCAGCAGCUGAUGGUCCUCUGUGCUACAUUGCUCUGCCUAGUCUUCAUAAGUGCCUGUGGUAUCCAACACCUUCAGCGAGGAGGGAACCACCACUUUGGUCUGUUCGAGUCCUUCUGGUUUGUGGUGGUGACAUUUUCCACAGUGGGCUACGGUGACGUCUAUCCUGACAUCUGGCCCAGCCAGCUCUUCAUGCUGUUGAUGAUCUGUGUGGCUCUCUUCAUCCUGCCCACACAAUUUGAACAGCUUGCAUACACCUGGUUGGAGAGACAAAAACUAGGGGGCACUUACAGCAGCCAUCGUGCUCAGACGGAGCGUCACGUGGUCGUAUGCACCACCACCCUCCAUGCAGACACCAUCAUGGACUUCCUGAACGAGUUCUAUGCCCACCCACUUCUGCAGGACUACUUCGUGGUGCUGCUGUCGCCGUGUGAGCUGGACUCGACCAUGAAGAUGCUGCUGCAGGUGCCCAUCUGGGCACAGCGGGUCAUCUAUGUCCAGGGUUCAGCUCUCAAAUACACCGACCUAGCCCGGUGCAGGAUGCAGGAAGCUGAGGCAUGUUUUGUUUUAGCAGGUCGAAACCAUAGCAACAAGAUGACUUCCGAUCAGCACACGAUACUGAGGUCAUGGGCUGUGAAGGAUUUUGCCCCCACAUGCCCUCUCUAUGUCCAGAUAUUUCGUCCAGAGAACAAGUUCCAUGUCAAAUUUGCUGACCAUGUCGUGUGUGAGGAUGAGUUCAAGUAUGCCCUGCUUGCCAACAACUGUCUGUGUCCGGGAAUUUCUACCUUUCUACAUCUCGGGACAGUGAGUACAUAUACCCUUCAAGAAGGCCAGACAUCCUCAGAGGAGUGGCAGCAACUGUAUGGUCGGUGUUCUGGAAACGAGAUCUACCACAUACAGCUGGGAGACAGCAAGUUCUUCGGGGAAUACUGUGGGAAGAGCUUCACAUAUGCCUCUUUCCAUGCCCACAGGAAGUAUGGUGUGAGUCUGGUGGGGAUGCAGAAGGAUGUGCCAGGAUCCACCAUCCAGCUGAACCCCGGCCCACGCCACAUCAUGAGACAGUCCGACAUCUGCUUCUACAUGAACAUCACCAAGGAGGAGAACUCCAACUUCAUCCUGGCCCACCCCAACCAGGAGGACAAGACGGAGAAGAACAGGCUGCCCCUGGGGGCAGAGCAGGCUUCCAGGGUGGCCAGUAUGAUUGCCAGUGUGGGAACUGUUGCUCUGGAACUUCAACACACUCGUAUUGACAGUGAAGCUGAGAACAUGACCCGGCAAGGUAGUAAGCGGACUCGCCUGAGUCUGCCAAAAGGUCUGAACAUCCAGAGUCUCCAGAAGAGGCCCAGCAUAGCACCCGUCCCAGCAUUCCUUGAUUCCAGCAACAUUCAGAUCAACCUGUCAGGGUCCGACUCCGAGUCUGAUGAUGACACAGCUCAUGUAGAGGAGUAUGAUGAAUACCCAGAAUAUGUCCGAGGAUUCCCACCAGUAACGCCCUACGUGGGCACUAGUCCCACCUUGUGUCACCUGAUGAGAGAGAAGCGCCCUCUAUGUUGUCUGCAACUCAUGCAGGCCUGCGAUCACUGUGACGCUAAAAGCUGCAAGGAGUACAACUGGCCCAACCCUGCAGUGAUUGUAGCAGCGGACUAUGCCAGUAAUGGCCUCUAUAAUUUCAUUGUGCCUCUACGAUCUCAUGCCCGCCCCAAGAAGUCACUCAGUCCAAUCGUCCUGCUUCUUGAAACCGAACCGGAGCCAUCAUUCCUUGAGACCAUCUGCUACUUUCCUCUGGUGUAUUGGAUGAAAGGAUCUCUGGACAGCCUAGAUGACCUGUUACGGGCAGGAAUCAACCACGCAGGGAACGUUGUGAUUGUCAACAAGGAGAGCUCCACGUCCAGAGAGGAGGAGACGCUGGCUGACAGUAACACAAUUGUCUCUGUACAGACUAUAUUCAGGUUAUUCCCAACCGCCAACAUUAUCACAGAGUUGUCACAAGCUUCAAAUAUGAGGUUCAUGCAGUUCCGGGCCAAGGACAGAUAUGCCCUCACCAUUUCCAAGUUGGAAAAAAAAGAGCGUGAGAGAGGAUCCCACAUAUACUACAUGUUCCGACUGCCAUUUGCAGCAGGUAAUGUGUUCAGUGCCAGUAUGCUGGACACGCUGUUGUACCAGGCGUUCGUCAAGGACUAUCUCAUCACCUUUGUCCGCCUCCUACUCGGCAUCGACCAGGCAGUGGGGUCCGGUCAUCUUGCCUGUAUGAAGAUCUCCAAGGAUGAUCUAUGGAUACGUACAUACGGCCGCUUGUACCAGAAGUUAUGCUCAACUACCUGCGAGAUUCCUCUCGGCAUUUACCGAACCCAGAUCCAUUCUGGGUCUGAGAUUACCUCGCUAAAAAGACAACGUUCAUUUUUCCGUGGGAAUGUGUCCUUAAGCAUGGGAGACGACCAGGAAGAGGGGGUGCUGGGAGCUCACCUUACUCCUGAGAGGCAAGAAAUUAUCCAGAUGGUCAAGUGUCGCAUGCAGUCGCAAAAUCUACCCAUUGAAGAUUAUGAUGAAGUAAGUGACAAGCGAAACUCAAUCUCCUAUGUGAUCAUCAACCCCAGCUAUGAUCUCAAGUUGGAACUGGAUGACAUUGUGUAUCUAAUCCGACCAAGUUCCCUCUCUCCCCAAGCAUCACCGCUUACAGAUGAGAGAAGGUUGUUACCAGGCAUGAGAGAAGAUCCAACAGGAGCAGACAACUCUGAUCAACUGUCAGGAAGUAAAGGAGAUCGCCCAGGACCAAAUGGGAAGCCCAAGUCAGAAACUGUCACUUACGCUGACAACAGUCGGAUUCCCGUGGUGUACUACGACUCUGAUGAGGAGGAGGAAAAUGUUGAUGAAACAAGUCCUGUCUGUCCAAAAAUAAACAUCAUCCAAGGAUCACCAUCAGUUAGUCGGACAAGCAGUUUCACACAAGAAGCUGAUGACUUCAAGCAACAGGGAUUUAAAGAUGGUCUGCAUGGGACUGUGGUAUGAUAAACCCCAGCUCAACAGUGGAUUUGCUUUUCAAGGCUCUAGGAGUCUACAGCAGGUGCAACUGAACAGCUGUGUCUGUGUCAGGGGAAUGUGCUGCUGGAGAAAGUAGUGGAAGAAGUGGCAUUUUGUGGUAGAGGAAAUACUCCUGAGAGGAGUCAUGUUGCAUACUUGAUGAAGUCAUCAUCGGAAAGGAAGACAUGAUUACUUCCAGAAAGAAGAGGGAGAGCAGUGGUGUGGUUCUGAUUUAUCAGAAGAUGAUAUGUGUAUCAGGAGGAAUUUGAUGCUAAUUACUAGUACGUGUUUGAAGGUUUCAUGGAGUAAAAGUGCAAGUGAAGUCAUUUGUGGAAGAGCUGCGUUCCAUGAAGAUGUAGGCUGGUGAUUGUGACCUGUGCAUCAUCCAUACAGGAUACCUGUUACCAACAAUUGGAUGACUUCUAAGAAGAUGAAAAUCUUUUGUUAAAGACCACAACUUAACCAUUACUCACACAACAUGGAUGUUGGGUUAGGAGGAGUUUGAAUGUUCAACAUACACAAUGGUAUUGUUUCUGGAGCAACAGGACUACUUUCUCCACAUGGGAUUAAGUGUAGCGAGGGACAGUAUCUUUCUAACCAGUGUAAGAAAACACAUUGAUGGUGCUACAAGCUAUGAGGGUAUAUCCCCUCAACUGAAGAUGGUAAACUACAUCUCUGUGUGAGAUACUGUGAGUGAUAAACCAUUGUGGAUCAAGUUUGUGAAGGAUGAAAUUAUGAAGGAAAUCCUUUGAAGUUGUUUUGAAGAGUGUGCAAUUAUGACAGUGAUCUCAAGUUGUUUUGAAGGAUGUGUAGAUAAUGUUUUGAGAUUUUUUAAUGAUGUGCAAUGUUGAGGUCAUCUUGUGUUAUUAUGGGCAGUGUGAAACAUUGAGGAUUAUGUUCAAGUCUGUUUACAAAGGAAGUGCAAUUUUGAAGGUGAACAGAGAUUUAUGGUGAGCUUUAAGAGAGCUGAUGUUUGCUUUAAAAGGUAAUGAUGAGUCACACAAUAAUGAACAUCCUCAUUUAAAUCAGAUGUUUUACUCUGAAGUAUUAUAUUUCUGAGAUCUGAGGUUGCAGC